UAACACUGCCAACAGAAAGAGAGAGAGAGAGGGAGAGAGAGAGGAAAUAGAGAAGAGGAGAGACGGAGAGAGCGAAACCCAUAAUGCACUGCACGCUGCAGGGCUAAAGUCGUGCAAAUUCAUCAGUUCCUGUUUGAGGGGCUGUGUGCAAGUGAGCGUGCAGACACCCAUACGGCCAGAGCGAGCACAGGAGAAACGCACGCAGAGAAGCAGGCAGAGACAAGUGCCUUCAUGUGCUGACCCUCAUGGCCGUUUGGCUCCUCUGAAGCCACCUGUGCCUGCCCAAGUUUGUUGGAGCUGCCGGGCCGCACCAAGAGCACCAGGGCUGCCAUGACUGCCGGCUCCAUCCGCUAAGGCCAUCUCUGUGCAACUGACACCUCCUGCUCCUUCUACCAUCCAUGCCACUCAAGCCUCCGCUGUGGAGGCCAAACACUUCCCCCUGCUCAGCAGACAGAUAUUGAAGGCAAACAGCUUUUAUCGUCUCCUGCGAGCGGAAGAAAAUUGUUUCGCUGCCGUCUUCUCCGCCCGCCCUCCUCACCUCCUGCUGCUCUCCUCCCUCUGCUGGCCCUGCGUUCUUUCAUCAUGGGCCAGGCCUGAUCGAUAAUGUGUUUUGCCGUUCAUCUCAUCUGACGGUUCGGCUGACAAGCGAGCAAAUUGAGAGAACUGGUGUUGUGUGUGUUUGCGUCGAGAGAGAGAGAGGUUACAAGACGAAGCUCUGUGGUCAUCGGCAGCACGGGCAAUGGUUGACAGACUCUGAAUGACUUGUGUUUAAGCCACAAACAAACUCCCGGGAUGACCCGCAGGUGUUAGGAGAGUCCGCGCCCCUUGCAGGCUUCUUUCGGAUCACAACCCUGGAGCACAACCACUAGAGCUGGGCUUUUUUUUCUUUCUCAUGUCCUUUACCAAUCCAUUCUCAGCACUUGUCCCAGUUUUAGUAGAAACACACAUCUCAGUUUGCUGGAUCGCUGAUCUCCCUAAUCGACCCCUCCUGCCCAGUUUGAAAUGGCGGUGAAUGUGACGCCAAUCCGGGACACGAAGUGGCUGACGCUGGAGGUGUGUCGAGAAUUUCAGAGAGGGACCUGUUCGCGGCCGGACAACGAAUGCAAGUUCGCCCACCCUGCCAAGAGCUGUCAAGUGGAAAACGGCAGAGUCAUUGCUUGUUUUGACUCACUCAAGGGGCGAUGUUCCAGGGAGAACUGCAAAUACCUGCACCCUCCUCCCCACCUAAAGACACAGCUGGAGAUCAAUGGAAGGAACAACCUAAUCCAGCAGAAAAACAUGGCCAUGUUGGCCCAACAGAUGCAGCUCGCUAACGCCAUGAUCCCCGGAGCACAGCUACAGCCAGUACCCAUGUUUUCAGUCACGCCCAGCCUUGCAACGAAUGCCAAUGCUGCUGCAGCAGCAGCCGCUGCGUUUAACCCCUACCUUGGCCCCGUGUCACCCGGCUUGAUGCCCGCUGACAUCUUACCAAGUGCACCUGUACUGGUCACCAGCAACCCCAGCGUCCCAGUACCUGCCGCCGCCGCUGCUGCCGCUGCACAGAAGCUCAUGAGGACAGACAGACUGGAGGUUUGCCGGGAGUACCAGCGAGGUAACUGCACACGAGGAGAGAACGAUUGCCGCUUCGCCCAUCCGGCAGAUAGCACUAUGAUUGACACCAAUGACAACACAGUCACUGUGUGCAUGGACUACAUAAAGGGCCGCUGCUCGCGGGAGAAGUGCAAGUACUUCCACCCUCCGGCUCACCUGCAGGCCAAAAUCAAAGCCGCUCAACACCAAGUCAACCAGGCUGCAGCUGCCGCAGCCUUGACUCAGUCGGCUGUCAAAUCACUGAAGCGACCCCUCGAUGCAACUUUUGACCUGGGGCUCCCUCCUGUCUUGCCUCCUUUACCAAAGAGACCUGCACUUGAAAAAGCCAAUGGUGCCAACACUAUGUUCAAUGCUGGCGUUUUCCAGUACCAACAGGCCCUGGCCAACAUGCAGUUUCAGCAGCAGGCUGCCUUCAUACCAUCAGGCUCGAUAUUGUGCAUGACACCUGCAACAAGUGUUGUACCCAUGAUGCACGGUGCUUCUCCAGCCACUGUGUCUGCAGCCACCACAUCUGCCACAAGUGUUCCCUUUGCAACAGCAACAGCCAAUCAGAUUCCAAUAAUAUCUGCAGACCAUCUGACUAGUCACAAGUAUGUGACCCAGAUGUAGGAGUCUCAGUCAGAACAAUAGAACUGGAGCUGGAGCUGUCUGGUUUGAAGUCCAAGAUUAACGGUCAGCCUUCAUGCAAGUAACAUCAAGAGCUGAAUUGGUUUUGGACUAAAUCUGCAUAUUAACAUAGAAGGAACAGCUUGUUAGACAGGUUCUCAUGCGAUCUUCAUGCACACUGUCACACAACAACAGACAAAAAAGAGCAUAAUUUGCAUUUAAAGACUUGCCCCUCGUUUUGCAGAGGCAACUAACCUUUAUUCACCAGACACAUUUUGAAUGUCAACAUGAGGUUCAUGGGUGGAGCAGUCGUCGGGACUGAAUCGGUACGUCCGCUGACCAAGAAUCAAGACUUGUGUUGUCUGUUUAUUCAUUGGUUGUUGGUCUCUGAAUUUUAAUGUGUUCAUUUUGUUUACACCAAGGUGCACCUUGAAUUUCAGUUAAGGUAAAGAAGCAGAUAAUCUGACAGAAACACAUAUGCAUGCACAAUGAUUUUCUUUAUUUCUGGUUCUAUUCUUCUAGCAGUGAUGAGGGAAUUUACCUGAGCAAACUCAAAGUCAGGGGCAGGAAAGCAACUGAAUGUCUGUGAGGUGUCUUUCAAACCUUUGUAGCCUACCUUUUUAUCUCUUAAGCACAUGUCUUUAACCUUACAGGGACUCCUGUAAAGUGCCAUACAUCUCAAAGUACAGAGAAGUUGUAUUCAAGCAGUGUUACAAAGUUUUAAACUCAACAGUUCCCUUUAAUACAUAUAUGUUUUAGAUUUUUCCUUAGGACAGCAUGUCUAAACUCAUGACCCGUCAUUUCCUGUAAUUCCCAUUAAGCACCACAGAUUAUUAGAUCCAGUUCCCUAAAUAUUCUACUGUUUGAAAACAUUUUAACCAUAUUAUUUAACAUCUAAACAGUUGUUUAGACAUGCAAUGUUUAGAUCUUUCUCUGCAAACAUGUAUACACUGCCUUGCCAAAGUAUUCAUACCCCCUUUUUGACAUUUUGUCAUGCAACAACCAGAAACUUUAAUAUAUUUCUUGGGCAAUUUUUCAUAUGAUAGACUAACACAAAAUAGUGCGUAAUUUUAUUUUGGCAAAUUGAUAUGUAUUCAGUCUCCUGACUGAAUAUUUUGUAGAACCACCUUUUUGCUGCUAAUAGAACUGAGAGACUUUAGUCGCUGGUCUCCACCAGCUUUCAUCUGUAGAGACUGAAACUUUUUCCAUUUUUUUGUUGUAAAAUAGCUCAAUGUUUCCUAAUGUUUCCAGUUACAUUUAGGUUUAAGUUAUUUCUACACAAGAAUAUACUUUAAUCGGAAGUCAUCAGAAAGAUCGUAGCUUUGGUUGUGCGGUGAACUUCUGUCCCGGUUUUAAGUCUACUGCAGGAUUUAACAGGAGUUGUGCCAGCAUUGCUGCAUUUUCUCAUAAAAAUGUUCCUGUCCUACGAAAGAAACACAUCCCCAAAGCAUGAUGCUGCCUCCACCAUGUUUCGCCUUUGGGGUGGUGGAUUCAGGGUAUUAUGAAAGUGUUGGCUUUCAGCCAUGCACUACAUUUUGUGUACAGAUGACUUCUAAAGGCAAUUGGCUACAUACAAUUUUACUUAAAGGUGCAUGCCUGAGGAUUUGAAAUAAAAUAUCAUUUAUCUUCUUUCCCAUACAUACCCUUACAAUUGCCUGAUGUGUAAAACGAGUUAUCUUCUAUUUACCGCAGUUGCCUCUAUAGGCUCCAUUAGUCAGUUCAUGAGAGAACUGGCUACUUUGUUGAGUCUCUGCCG